AUGAUGGGAACUCGAAUCGAAGAUGGGGGAGAAAAAAAGACAAACAGGUUGAAGCCUAAAAACCUAAUUCCCGUCGGGGAGAACCCCGCCCUACAAUUUUUCUCCCUUCCUCCUCCGCUCCCGCUCUUCCCCCCGCCCCUCCAGCACUUUUCCUCCCCCCACCCCCCCUGAGAUUUUCUUGACAGCAAGACUUUUCAUAGAACAAAUUUCCUAACCACCGAAUCCGUAGAGGGUCCGGCCCUGUCUCUUCAGGGCGUACACAACGUCCAUGGCGGUGACGGUCUUCCGGCGAGCGUGCUCCGUGUAGGUGACAGCGUCGCGGAUGACGUUCUCGAGGAAGAUCUUGAGAACUCCCCUCGUCUCCUCGUAGAUCAGCCCGCUGAUGCGCUUAACUCCUCCCCUCCUCGCCAGCCUCCGGAUCGCCGGCUUCGUAAUGCCCUGGAUGUUGUCCCUCAGCACCUUGCGGUGGCGCUUCGCGCCACCCUUCCCCAAGCCCUUGCCUCCCUUCCCCCUGCCAGACAUUGUAUCUCAGAAACCCUAACCCUAGAAUCCCGCCCUCUACCUACAACAACGAGCUCUUGGACUAGAAACCAGGGAGACGGCAAAGAAGUCACUUCUCGUGAAGGGGGAGGGAAGGCGGCAUUUAUGGUGUUACCGAUCGGGCAACCGAUGCCAACUACGGAUCCUCGUAUCGUCCCCAGAUAUAUUCCUUGCCGUUGA